UAGUUUAGUACAUUGUACUUAGAUUACUUUAUUUUUUUGUUUUUAAGAACCAAGAUCUAAUAUUUCCUGUAUUUAUACAUCUCUUACCAAUGUUUUAAUUCCCAUCUUCAUAUUUUCCAAUGGAUAUUAUCUGCACCAAACCCCCUGCCGCCAAAGCUAUUUGCAUUUCCAAUGCAGUAAAAUUUCAUGGUAAUUUUUCUCCUCAGAAAAAUUCCAGUUUCGGAUUCACUGAGUUAUCAUGGAUCAAAAGGGAAAAUUUUCAAUUUCAGGGACUUUUUUGCAAAGAUUCCAGAUUCAUCACUAGUGUAAGCAAGAGGAAUAAUGGUGGAUUAAUAGUAAAAUCAUUUAGUGAAGAGCAGGAAAUUCUUGUGGUUAAAUCUUGGAAUGCCAUGAAAAAGAAUGCUUCUGAAUUGGGUCUUAAGCUCUUCUUAAGGGUUUUUGAGAUUGCACCCACUGCAAAGAAACUGUUCUCAUUCUUAAAUGAUUCUAAUAAUGUUCCUUUGGAAAAGAACCCAAAACUUAAGGCCCAUGCCUUAACUGUCUUCGCCAUGACUUGUGAAUCAGCUGUUAAUUUGAGGAAGGCAGGAAAGGCCACAGUGAAAGAUUCCAACUUGAAGGAUUUAGGAGAGUUGCACUACAAAUAUGGGGUGGUUGAUGAGCAUUUUGAGGUUGUUAGAUUCGCGCUACUCGAAACCAUUAAAGAAGCAGUUCCUGAAAUGUGGUCAUCAGAGAUGAAGGAAGCUUGGACAGAAGCUUAUAAUCAGCUAGUUGCUGCUAUUAAACAACAAAUGAAACCUCCAGCACAAGUUGUUUAGUGACAAAAAUAUCUUAUGUAAACAACAAUAUUGGAUAUUAAUAUUAUGUUUUUUAAUUA